CAUUCCACUCUCUCUCUCUCUCUCUCUCUCUCUCUCUUUCUUUCCCCAAUCAAAAUUCCCCCAUCCUCCCUCGAAAGUCUUCUUCUCCUCCCACAAACCCUAACCCACGAUCAACCUCUCCCCAUGGACGCACCUCGAAACCCUCAUCUCGGCAUCAACAAGCUCGGCAAGAACAUCCGCAAGAGCCCUCUCCACCAACCCAACUCCCUCUCUCGUCCUCCUCACCCUCAUCCUCACCUCCAUGCUCCUCCCCCUCCACAGCAACAACCCCAACCCCAACCCCAGGUCUACAACAUCUCCAAGAACGAUUUCCGCAGCAUCGUCCAACAACUCACAGGUACUCCUUCUCGUGAUCCUCUUCCCCAACCUCCUCCUCGUCCUCCUCCACCCAAACCCCCUUCUCAGCGUCUUCAACGCAUCCGCCCUCCUCCUCUCACCCCUAUUGCUCGCCCUCUCCCUCCUCCUCCUCCUCCUCCCAAUCCCGCCUUUACCCGCCCCGUCGGCGUCCCGUGGCAUGUCGGACCCCCUGCUGAAUCCCCCGUCAGUGCCUAUAUGCGCUAUCUUGAACAGUCCAUGCUCCACUCCGAUGGCGCUCACCAUACUCCUCUCGUCCCUCCUCAUCAUCCCCCUUUUCCUUCCCCUCGAUCUAAUAUCCCUCCUCUUCUCCCUUCUCCUGGCUCUCAGCUCCCUUUGCCUUCCCCAAGUGCUUUCUUGAAUCUCCUCUCCCCCCGAUCCCCUUACCCUCUCCUUUCCCCUGGGUUUCAGUACCCUCCCCCUCUCACCCCCAACUUCUCCUUCUCCCCUUUCUCCCAAUCCGGAAUCCUCGGCCCUGGCCCUGGCCCUCAGCCACCGCUCUCUCCCGGCCUCUUGUUCCCGCCCUCCCCUUCUGGCUUCCUCCCCUUGAACAGCCCAAGGUGGAGAGAUAUGUAGCGUGGAACUAGUUCGUUGUUAUAUGUUCUGAUGAAAGACGACAGAAAACUUAGGGAUAUUUAUUAGAGCUUUAGUGGCUUCACUUUGAUCCGCAGUGGUGGCAGCGGCAUCUGGUAUAGUUUUACUCUCUUCUAGCUGUGCUUGAGGUAGGUCGCCAUCAAAUCAUAGUGGUGCGCCUUAUUUAGAUGAAUAUUCUUGUACUUAUUAUUAUCUGCUGUAUGCUUGUUCGUGACCUUGUUGUUGUUGUUGUUGUUGUUGUUAAAUAAUUUUAUUCAGAUUAGAGAGUUUGGAAAUUAACAGUUAUUUCAUGUAUUGCUUAGUUCUGGAAUGAAUUUUAGAAUUAUAUACA